UCCAAAAAAAAAACAAAACAAACUUGGGGAGUUUCUUCUUCUUACAUGAAAAUGAGGCGACAGACUAGUUUCAUUCAUUAAACAUACUCUUACCAAAUAGAAGAAGAAAAAGAAAGCUAGGCAUUGUCAAAGUCCAACAAAUGUCUUAGGAUUUAUGUAGAUCUUGGAGUAUCUCAUUCACACUUCUUCAAAUAACACACACACACACACACACACAAAAAAAAAAGGAAUAUUAUGUUUCCUCUUACAUUUGUAAACCCAAAUCCGAGGCUUCCAUAUCCAUUGUUCAUUGCCAAAUCGAUUCCCGAACCAGCGUUGAGCAGGAGAAGCAGAGCUUUGUCAUCUUCUCACUCUUAUCCUUGGAGACCGAACCUUAGAUUGAAUGGCUUCAAGUUCAAGUCAGCUACAGCUCCCGAGAAUUUGGAAGAAGGAGAUUCGAAAUCCGAAAGCUUGGUAAAAGGGUUGAAGCUAGGAGGCAUGUUCGGAGUUUGGUACCUUCUCAAUAUCUACUACAACAUCUUCAACAAACAGGUACUUAGGGUUUAUCCAUAUCCAGCGACUGUAACAGCUUUUCAAUUAGGGUGUGGAACUCUGAUGAUUGCAAUAAUGUGGCUCCUUAAACUCCAUCCACCCCCUAAAUUUACUCCUUCUCAGUUUACGGCAAUCGUACAACUAGCAGCAGCUCACACGUUAGGAAACUUGUUGACAAACGUGAGCUUGGGAAGAGUAAACGUCUCUUUCACACACACAAUCAAAGCAAUGGAGCCUUUCUUCACCGUCUUGUUCUCUGUUCUCUUGCUCGGUGAGUGGCCAAGUUUGUGGAUUGUUUGUUCGUUGUUACCAAUUGUCGCUGGAGUCUCUCUAGCAUCUUUUACAGAAGCUUCUUUCAAUUGGAUUGGUUUCUGCAGUGCGAUGGCGUCUAAUGUAACAAACCAAUCACGGAAUGUUCUCAGUAAAAAAUUCAUGGUUGGAAAGGAAGCUAUGGACAACAUCAACCUUUUCUCUGUAAUAACCAUUAUCUCCUUUAUCUUACUGGUCCCUGCAGCAAUCAUGAUGGAUGGGUUUAAGCUUACUCCUUCGGAGUUACAAAUAGCUACAAGCCAGGGUAUGUCCGUAAAAGAGUUUUGCAUCAUGUCGCUUCUUGCUGGGGUUUGCUUGCAUAGCUACCAACAGGUAUCGUAUAUGAUACUGGAGAUGGUAUCUCCGGUCACACACUCGGUGGGGAACUGCGUGAAGCGUGUGGUGGUUAUAACAUCAUCAAUUAUAUUCUUCCAAACUCCAGUUUCACCUCUUAAUUCCAUAGGUACGGCGACUGCACUAGCUGGAGUAUAUUUGUACAGCAGAGCCAGAAGACUCAAACUAAAACCAAAACCCAAAACUUGUUGAAUUUGUCUGUACAUAAAAAAAAAAAAAAAAAUUGUAGAAGCUCUUGUAGUUUGUUAUAAAUUGUAGAAGCUCUUGUAGUUUGUUAUCAGUGUGAUAAGCAUAUUUUCUUUUCUUUA